GCUUAAGUUUCAUUCGUCACCCCUGUGUAUGUGUGUGUGUGUGUACAGUGUACAUAUAUAGUUUUAUGCCAUUCUAGUGAAACAACCAUCUCCUAAAGGUUGUACAUACUUUUCUAACAGAAGAGGAAAAUGGAUUCAAGAACUUGUAUUGAUUAUGCUUUGUUUCAGCUCACCCCAACUAGAACCAGAUGUGAUCUUGUCAUCUUUGCUGGCAAACAAAACGAGAAAUUGGCUUCUGGGCUUCUUCAACCCUUCAUUUCUCACCUCAAAUCCGCUAAAGACCAGAUUUCUAGAGGCGGCUACUCCAUUACUCUUCGUCCUUCCACUCCUUAUGCUUCCUGGUUCACCAAAGCUACAUUAGAAAGGUUUGUUAAAUUUGUAACUACUCCAGAAGUUCUCGAGAGAUUUGUUACGAUUGAGCAAGAGAUCAUGCAGAUUGAGAAUGAACAGGCUAGUAUGGCAUCUCAGGUAGAAGGUGAAUUCAAUAAUGGAGGUGGUGAUACAGCUGAGGAAGAAAAUCCAAAGGUUCGUCUUCAACGCACUCUGGAAACUCGGAAAGCAGUUCUCAAGAAAGAGCAAGCCAUGGCUUAUGCUCGCGCUCUGGUAUCAGGGUUCGAGAUGGACUACUUAGAUGACCUCAUUACAUUUGCCAAUUCUUUUGGAGCUCUACGUUUAAGGGAAGCUUGCAUUAAUUUCUUGGAACUGUGCAAUAAAAAGAGCAAUGAUGGAAUCUGGUUGGAUGAAGUGGCUGCAAUGCAGGCCUGCACUCCUUCUGAAUUUUCAUAUUUUGAGAAAUCGGGAAUCGCCAUUGCUGGUGAAGAUAAGUUUUAUAAUCAAGAUGCCAUGGUGAACUUUCGGAAUGUAUCAUCACCACCUAAGUCAACAAUAAGCCAUGGAAGUUCAGAUACUCACCAAGAUAAUAGUUUGCUAUCAGCAACUCAAGAUGGGAAAGCCCAAGUACCAAACUGGCCACACCAUUUCCCACAGUAUAUGCAAAAUUUCCAUGGUCCAGGGUUCCCACAAAUGCCCCCAUUUCCAGGCUACAAUUUUCCUUACUUUCCUGGAAAUGUGCCAUGGCACCCGAAUGCAGGUGAUUCCAGUCGAAGUCUUGAUCACGAACCAGACAAAAGUUGUCAUUCGUUUUCCAGAAGUAAAAAUGGAAAGAAUUCGAAAGAAAAUGGUAGGAAUGAAAACACUGACACAACCUCUGGAAGUGAUUCAGAUGAGUAUGUGGAGCACAAAGAAAAAAGGCAUUCUUUGAAGCAGAGGAAAGGUUCUUCAUCGAGAAAAGUUGUCAUUCGAAACAUAAACUACAUAGCUUCAAAGAGACAUGAAGAGGGGGAUGAAAGCUCUGGAGAUUCUUCAUCUGAAGAUGAAGAUUAUGCUAAAGGGCAGGUAGAGCAAGCCAUUGCAGCGUUUGAGAAGUCCCGCAAAAAGAAGCAAGACAGAAAGAAGAGAAAUGGAAGUAAGAGUAAAGAGGGAAUUGAGAAUGCUGAAAAAGAAAACAUGAACAAAAGCUGGGAUAUGUUUCAGAACCUUCUUAUGCAAAAUGCAGAUUCAAGCCCCAAUGAUGCUGCAAGGAAUCAGGACGAGCACUUUAGAACUAAGAUCUUAGGGGAAGAUGAGUUAUCAAAGCAACAUGGUCUGUCAAAUGAUUCCUUCAUUGCAAUUGCAAGAGACAUAAACAAUGAAGAAAAUUUGGGUGCAGGAGAAUCUGUUAAUCCAGUUAACAGAAAAGAACUUACCGACGAGGAGAUGUUAUUUCCAAAAAGAUUUCAAGACCACAGCUUCUUUGGUGGUGAUAGUAAUCCAGCAUCUAUUGGAGAUCAUGCAAACGAAAAAACCAAAAGAGAUGUUCUUGUUGAUGAAUCUAUGAUGGUUCAAGCUCGUCCUUUUGAAAACCUGUCUGAUUCUCAACCAAAAGCUGACAUUUUUCUGGUUUCAGAUAUUGUUGGAGCUAGCCAACCCAACAACCAUAAGAUGCCAGAUCAUGUAGAAACGACGAAUGUGAAUGAACCAGAUGAUCUUUGCAUGGUGCUCGAGCGAGAUUUAUCAGAUCAAGUUGAGGCCUCAUGGAAUCCAGAAAUGGAUUAUGCAAAUGAUGUUUCAUUGAAUGAAUCUCUUAGAAGGCAGUCUGAUGUUUGUCCUGUUGAUACGAAGCUUCCUCAAAACGGUAAAGCUCCCAAUACAAAAAGUAGCAAGGGGCCGGGAGUAAAAGCAGCUAGGAAAGCUGAGAUCCCUCCAAGGGUUAAGAAAUCACCUUCUGGAAGUAUAACACCAAAGAGCAAAGCUGAGAAGGAUGAAGAGAACAGGAAAAGACUGGAAGAACUAGUAUUGCAGCGUCAGAGAAGGAUUGCAGAGAGAAGUUCUGGUUCUGGUACUGGUACUAAAGCCCCAAUCUCGAAGAAAAUCACAAAAGAGAGCAAACCAGCCACCUCUGUUAAAGUUGAGAAAUUACAGAAGCCAGUUAUGAAGAGCUCUACUAUAGACCGCCUUUCAGCUGCCCGAAGAAACCCCAUGCCCCCAUCUGCAGAGCCAAAAACCAAUCCAAAAAGUAGGAAAAAAAUCACAAGGGAAAAUGACAUUGUUGAGAAGAAAAAAGGGAUGCAAAAGGCUAAGCCUUUAGUUAGUAGCUCAACAAAUGAGUCGUCGAUUAUGGUUUCUGCUGCUGCAUCUGAGGUUCAAAUAAAGGACAUCAAGGAGCUACACAGUAGUGUAUCUUCAAUCGAGAAAAACGAGACAUGUAUAAUUCCAUGUGAAGAUACUAUGAUCAACAAGAACAAUGAUCAGAUACCAAAUGGAACUGAAGAUCAAUCUGUAGAGUCUGCACUUAAGAAAGAUGCCUCUCCCCUCAAUCCUCUUAGUUCUGCAGAAUCAGAAAUGUACAAGAACAGCAAUACAAGUGUGAAGUCUCCUGUCCACUCUGAAAUUUCUCCACCCGAAUUAUCCACCCCACCACCACACGACAACGAAGUGAAUCUUGAAACACUUCAGUCAAGGAAGAAAUGGAUUGGUGAUGAACACUCCCCGAAAAUUGCUAAGGGAAUUAGAAAGUUUCUAUUGUUUGGCCGUAAAAGCUAAGUCCUUUGAUCUGCAGUAAGUCCAGUCCAUGCUGGUUUUCGUUUUCCUUUAAAAAAAAAAUUUGUUGCCAUUUGUUUGAUGGAAUGAUUUUGUGUGCAUGCUGAAAUUAUGUAAUGAUUCUUUGUGAUUGAAUUGUUGUUUGCUUGAA